AUGUCUGGUGAUUGUCAUAAACUUCAUGUUGGAAUUAUUGGUUGUGGUUGCAGUGGUUUAGUAACAUGCAAAGAAUUACUGGAUGAAGGCCAUACAAGUACAAUAUUUGAAAAAUCCAAUUGUCUUGGUGGUUUAUAUACAGAAGCAUAUCAAGAGGGUGUAUUUGUAUCAAGUCAUUUAAUUACAAUGUUUGGUGAUUUUGUUGGUAAAAAUGCUGAUAUUCUAGAACAUCCUAGAAUGUUAACAUUUAGUGAAUAUGUAGAAUAUUUAAAUGACUAUGCUGAACAUUUUCAUUUGAAUAAAUAUAUAAAGUUUCAAACAGAAGUUAAAUCUGUCUGGAAAGAUAAUUCGAUAAAUAAAUGGAAAAUAUGUGUAUCAGAAAACGAAGAUGAAAUUUAUAUAUUUGAUCGUAUUGCAAUAUGUUCUGGUGUAUAUAAAACGAAAAAUUUGCCAAUAUUCAAAAAUCAAGAAUUAUUUCAAGGUAAGAUAAAACAUUUGAAAGAUAUCCGAUUAUAUGAAGAAUUUUCAAAUAAAUAUACUUGUAUUGUUGGCAGUGGCGAAUCGGCCAGUGAUAUGAUACUGAGUGCGGCUAAAUAUGGUAAGAAAGCAUAUUUAUCGAUAAGAAAUGAUCAUGGUUUUCUUAUACCACGGUAUAUUCAUGGUACUGAAUAUGGACCAGCUGAUUUAGAUGCAUCGCGUGCUCAUCAUUCAAUACCACGUGCAUGGGGUGUUUUACAUACAUAUAUUGAUUUGCUAAAUAGUUUAUUUAAAUUAUAUAUAAGAUGUUUAAUAUAUCAAAAUGGUAGAUUAACUGAACAAGAUCAAAUAAGAAGAACUGGAAUUUAUAUGAAUUUAAAACAAGUUCAUACAAGUAAUAUAUGGACAACAUUUGGUACAAAAAAUUCAAAUUUAGUCGAAGCAUUAGUCACAUAUAAACACAAAUGUCAACGAAAACCUGGGAUACGUGAAUUAACAACAAAUUCAAUUAUAUUUGAUGAUGAUACAGAAGAAUAUGUUGAUGAAAUUGUUUGUUGUACAGGAUUUAAGAAUUCCUUUAAAUUUUUAGAAGAAAGUUAUGAUUCUAAUUUAAAACGUAUCGCAAAAGAAGCAACAGUAGCACAUAAUUUAUAUAAACAUUGUAUUCAUCCAGAUAUUGGUGAUGAAUUGAUUUGGAUUGGAUUUGCUCGACCAUCAUUGGGUGCUGUACCACCAGUAAUAGAACUUCAAGCACGUUGGUUUGCAUUAUUAUGUUCAAACAAAUGUAAAUUACCA